AUGCCGAAAGUUAAAGUAGAGAAAAAGUCUAGAGUACACAAUGCAAUCGCUAAACAAGGAAUUCAAUUUAAUAAGGACUUCGGCCAACAUAUUUUAAAGAACCCUCUUAUUAUAACAUCUAUGCUAGAUAAAGCAGGUUUGAGGCCGACUGAUGUAGCUCUUGAAAUUGGUCCAGGAACUGGUAAUAUGACUAUAAAAAUGUUAGACAGAGUUAAAAAAGUCAUAGCCUGUGAAAUUGAUACAAGAUUAGUUGCAGAACUCCAGAAACGUGUACAAGGUACACCCUACCAAGCAAAACUACAGAUAUUAGUUGGUGAUGUUUUAAAAACAGAGUUACCUUUUUUUGAUAUUUGUGUAGCAAAUAUCCCUUACCAAAUAAGCUCACCACUAGUAUUUAAAUUGCUUCUACACAGACCAUUCUUUCGAUGUGCCGUUUUGAUGUUUCAACAGGAAUUUGCUCAGAGAUUAGUUGCAAAGCCAGGUGAUAAAUCCUAUUGUAGGUUGUCAAUUAAUACCCAACUCUUAGCAAGAGUUGAUAUGUUAAUGAAGGUUGGAAAAAACAAUUUUCGACCACCACCUAAAGUUGAAUCAAGUGUUGUAAGGAUUGAGCCAAGAAACCCUCCACCUCCUAUAAAUUUUGUAGAAUGGGAUGGCCUUACAAGAAUAGCAUUUGUUAGGAAAAAUAAAACAUUGUCCGCUGCUUUUAAACAAAACACAACAAUGGCUGUGCUUGAUAAAAACUAUAGAGUGCAUUGUUCUUUGCAUAACAAGGAAAUACCAGAAGAUUUUGAUAUUAAACAAAAAAUACAAGAGGUGUUAAUAGCAGCUGAGGCAGAUCAAAUGCGUGCACGAACAAUGGAUAUUGAUGAUUUUAUGAAGUUAUUACAUGCUUUCAAUUCUGAAGGAAUACACUUUGCA